CUCGCUUCCGGCGCGGGCCCCGGACCGGGCGGACGGCGGCGGUGGAGGUGGCGGGAGGCCGCCGGCCCCUUGCGGAGGCUCCUCCGGGGACAGGAUGGGGCGGGCCGGCUCCCCCUCCCUCUGCGGACGUGGCGCCCUGUGGGGCGGGGCCGGGCGCGCCCUCGACUUCCGGCCUGGGGUGACGUCUUUUCCGGGGCGGGGCGGGGCGGGGCCAGAGCUAGGGCCGAGGCCAAGGCCGAGGCCCGGGGCUGCCUGGCGCCCGUGGCCGGGUCCUCAACUCCCGUCACGCUCCAUACCCGCGUCCCCCCGCGCCACCUGCAUCCUGCGGGUGGCGGCGGCCGCUCCCCGCCGGGGCUGCGCCCGAUGCCUCGCAUUUGAGCAGAAGCGUGUUGGGAGCCGGACCUUCCUCCCGGGAGCUUUGGAGACCGUCACGUCGUGCUCAGAGCUCCCCUUCAAGAUGUGGGCACCCAUCACCUUCCUUUGCCUUUCUUCCCUGUCCUUGUCCUUAUCAGAGAAUCGCCUUUCCUCCUUGAAAGAGAGCCGGGCCCGGGUGCUCCAGAUACAGAGAGUCCAGAGCCAGGAGCAGUGUAGCCAAGUGUGCCAAGAUCCGGCCACAGCAGGUCUCCGUUUCUGCAGUUUGUCCACAGAGGAGCCAGGACAUUGUAUUGUCCUAGACUGUCCGCUGAUAACUGUGUGCCGGGAUGCCAGACCUCGGGAUAUUCAAGAACUAGUUACAGAAUAUGCACUAGAGAAACGGAACAGUGUCACCACCACAGAAACUUUGCUCACUCGUGCUGACCCGGGGCCUUCUCCAGCCCUUCCCUCUCACAAGACCAUCCGAAAGACCGGAGAGUUAAUCCCAGCAGUGCCUCCUGUCACGGUGACUGCUGGCAACCACACAGAACUCGGAACUGAGACUCUGAACGAUACUGAUGUGAGCAUUUCCGCUGCCCAAAAUGACUCUUCCUCUUUGGGUCCGGCCUCAACGGCUGCGACGGGCAGGCCUUUAGCACUCACCACGCCCCAGGGACAGAGAGCCACCGAAAAGACCUCCGUGGCGAUGAGGACGACAGCGUCGGCCCCGAGUACGAGAGUGGGCUCUGCUUCCCUGCCGGUGACACGUGACCAGACAGAUGGCCGUGCCGACUCACCGCCCACCCCAACAGGAAUCGCCGUCACCAGGCCAAAAGCAGCGAGCGGCUCUGCCACCAGCGCCACCGUCCAGACCCUGCCCACGCAUUCUGGAAUUAGUCCAACAUCCAGCUCGCGGACCCCACCUAAAGGUGGGUCUUUGGAGGGGCCGUCGAAUCCAGAGAUCCCGAUGACCACCUCGUCCCCGAUUCUCUUAAGCUCCAGAGCCAGGGCGGAAUCAUUCACGAGCACCCCCAUCGUCUCCACCAGCACCAGCGUGGAGUCCCCUGCCAAACCAGAACCAGUGCCGUUCGCUGCUCAGGCGACAGACCGCAACGUGACGCCGACUGCCACGCCCGCCACGGUUGCCCAGGCCGCAGAGACUUCAGGCACUUCACAGAACACAGAAAGAGCUCUCCCCCAAACCACCCUAAGCCCAAUGUCACCUGAAGUCCCAGUGGAGAGCUCACCCACAAUGCCCGAAACAUCUGCACCGACGGUCCCAGAAAUCCAGUACGUGUGGAUCGCUACUGCGCCCUUCGCCCAGCAUCUGGUCAAUAAAAACUUACUGUUGGCCAUGCUCUUGGCUGGCAGCGUGCUCUUCGUCGCCAUCUUGGUCUUGCUGGCCGUGCAGGCGUACGAGAGCUACAAGAAGAAAGACUACACCCAGGUGGACUACUUAAUCAAUGGCAUGUACGCAGACUCAGAAAUGUGAGGGGCAGCUGCCCGCGGAUCUGAACUUGUGUGAGCGGCGACUCAGGUCUCGGGACCUGUUCCCUCUCCUUUCGGUUUGCCUGUAAGACCAAACCAAGUGCUUCCAAAGUAAUUUGGUGCAAUUUAGGAGAAAUGCCAGCCUUGAAAGGAUUUCAUUUGUACCUAGUUCCAUCAUUACUAAAGAAUGGCUACUUCGUCUGUCGUUACUUUAAAAGCACGUUGGCCCAGGGCCGGGCCGGGCCCGCAAUCGUUGCCCCAGAUCAGGCGGUGCGUCCUGACCCCCGUGGGCCGCCUCCUCUCGUUCUGUCAUUUCGUGUCGUGGUCAGAAUGCCAGCCACCAAGUUUGUGGGGUUUCUGACGGACGUUUUUCCUGAGCUUAGUUCUAUUUAUGUAAUGCAGCGUGCUGCCAGGCGUCAUUGGGGUCAGAUCCUUUCGGAGAUGUCUAACGAGUAAUAUGGUUUAUUUUUGUAGACGCUCAUUUAAUAAAACAUGAGAUCCUGAAGAGGCCA